GAAAAUUGCCGAAAAUAAAUUAUUUAAGAAUAAUUGAAAGUGGCAUUGAUUUCAUUUCAAAACGUUUCAAGUUGUUGACGAUAUCGUCAAUGGUUUCGGACUAUCUUGAAAAUUAUAUUAAACGCGAAACAGAUUGUUUGCCUAAUGACAAUUUAGACUUGCCGUGUACAAUAGAGUCUGUUAUUGAGAGUGUAACCCAUUUUCAUAACAACCUGUUAGAAUUGAUUGACGGGUUUUCAAAAAUUAUGACCUUGUGGAAAUCAGAAAAGUAUGAAGAUUUAGUAAAUGCUACGUUAGUUAGUGUUUCCGUUCUAUCCGACGAGCAGUAUAGAAUGGAGACUACAUCGUCCGAUGCAAAUGACGGAAAAUUGCCGAAAAAAGUCCGUUUGAGAAAGAUUGAAAGUAACGUUGAUCGUAUGUCUAAACGUUUCAAGUUCUUAACAAUACCGCCACGUGAUGUGAUAGAUUUUUAA